AUGGCGGAUGAUAGUAGCGACGAUGAUAUCGACCCAGAUUUGCAGAUCGUGACGCCCGAGGAAAUGCUAGAACAUGGAAUGAAGCUAAUCGGUUGGAAGGAAAAGCAGCUGAAGAGAAAAUCCAAGAAGAGAUGGAGGAAAUGGUGUUAUCUUUUCGCGGCUGAUUUUCGAGCCAAGCCACACGUUGUUUGCCAAAUGUGGGAAGAUUUGCAGUCUACAGAAUUGACGGAAGCCUAUCUUCAGCCCCUGGAGCGGAACCUUGACCAAUUCCUGUAUGCUCUCCAUUUCCUGAAAGCUUAUCCUACAGAGAAACAGCGUCAGAAUAAAUGGCACAUCAGUGACCGAGUUUUGAGAGAUACCGGUUGGUUCUAUCUUACGAAGUUGGCUGCUAUGAAGGCAAUCAAAAUAGUCUGGCUAGAUGUUGGUGAUGACAUCUGGUGUGGGUCAGUUGAUGGAACACAUAUCAAAUCCUGGGAACCAACACACGACAAAUAUCCCAAGAAUCCGUCAGCAUUUUCAUGGAAGCACCACUCCGCUGGUUUCAAUUGUGAGGUGGCUCUCUCAUUGAAAGAGAGCAAAAUUGUUUGGAUUAAUGGCCCUUUUGAAGCAGGCACAAACGAUAUUUCAAUGUUUACAGCUGAGGGGGGGCUGUGCGAGAGGCUACAUGCAACUGGAAAGAAGGUUAUUGCAGAUAAUGGAUACAGAGGUCAUGAUGAUGUUAUAAGUCGACCCAACUAA